CAAUUCAUCAUGUUUUCAAAACCCAACGCAUUCGAAGAGAUUGUCAUCUCUGCUACAGACGAAAAUCUCACAGCAGAAAACUGGGAACUCAUUCUUAGUGUCUGCGACAAGGUGGCUGGCACUUCUGCGGAGAGUGCCCGAGACUGCAUCGCCGCUCUUCAAAAACGACUCUUGAGCCGCAAUGCCAACGUACAGCUUUACGCCUUAACCCUGGCAGAGGCACUUAUUAAGAACACAGAUAUUACUGUCCAUCGAGAAAUUUCAUCGCGUGCCUUUACCAACACACUGACCAAAAUUGUUCAUGACAAGACAGUACACGAGCGUGUGAGAAAGAGAACACUCGAAUUCAUUCAGUUUUGUUCAUUCGAAUUCAGAGCCGACUCUUCUCUUGGUCUUAUGAAUUCUGUUUACCAGUCACUACGUGCAGAAGGCAUCCAAUUCCCAUCUCCUCAAAAACCAAAGAAAGAAUUUACUCAGUCCGAACUGGAUAAGCAAAAAGAAGAAGAAGAGUUUCAACUGGCAUUGGCAUUGUCUCUAUCGGAAACUGAGAAUCGAAAAGCAUUCAAACGCUCUACAACAAUCGUCAAAGAAGAUGCACCAAAGCCAGUAGAAACCAAAGAAUCGGGACCAAAGAUAUCGCGCGUUCGUGCGCUGUAUGACUUUCAGCCAACAGAACAAGGGGAGCUUGGAUUUCAGAAGGGAGAUAUCAUAAGAGUACUCGAAAGCGUUUAUCGUGACUGGUGGAAGGGUGAAUUGCGUGGAAAUACAGGCAUAUUUCCAGUCAACUAUGUGGAAAAAAUUGUUGAGCCUUCUUCGGCAGAUAUAAGAAAAGAGGCACAGACAGAAGAGGAAGUUAUCGGUGAACUUCGUAACGUUGAACGCCUCUUGGAAAUAUUAGCCAACAUUGACCCUCGCAAGGACGCAUUUUCUGAAAAUGAAGAACUUCAGUCGCUCUACAACAGCACAUUGGCUAUUAGACCAAAGUUGGUACACUUGAUCGAGAAGUACAGUCUGAAGAAAGAUGAGCUUGUGACAUUGAACGAAAAGUUUUUACAAGCACGGACCAUGUACGAUAGAAUGCUCGGUAGCUCUAUUGCUAGAUACUCUGCUCCGGGGAUGAACAAUGGAUAUCCACCUGCUCAACCUUAUGGCUAUCCUGACCAACAGCCAGCUAAUAACAUGCCUUCAGAUAGCUACUUUGGCUAUCAAGGAUACCCACCUUACUCUCAACAGCAACAGCAACAACAGCAACAACAACAACAAACUCCAAAACAGCCUCAGCAGCAAUUGCCUUAUGGAUAUCCACAACAAGCAGCAUCUCCAACUGCUCGUCAGCCGCAGCAACAGCAGCAAUCCCCUUAUGAUCGUCAGGGUUAUUCUGGUGAUCAGAAUGCACAAGCUCCAUAUCCUUCUCCCCAUCCAGCAUCUUCUGCCUAUCCUUCUACUGGAUACUCUCAUGGUGUUAACAAUGGAGAAAAUCAAACCCCUCCUUAUGCUACAGUCUCACCUGGUGGACAAUAUGGAGGAUACCCUCAAGAUCCUUCGUCAGUCGGCCCCACUGGUGGAUUUAUCCCAUCAUCCAAUCAGCCUCACUAUGGCUACCCGCAUGCUGCUGAUCGGUCUUACUCCACUACCAACCCAGCUUACGCUCAAAACUACCAAUAACUCAGAGCGACAAUUCAUCGGCCAGUGAUAGGAGAGAGGAUAUUUCGGAUUAAAUCAGUUUCAUUAUUUUAAAUAUCUAAAAAACAACAGCAGCAACAACAACAAAUAAAUCCAUUG